AGUGUGGAUUCAGUGCUGCGAGUCGGCUGUUGUGAGAUUAUAUAAGAGAUUAUAUAGCAUUGCGGUCCUGAGCCAGAUUAUACCGGACUCUGUAGUCUAUACUGCAGCAGCGGGAGCGCGUGAACAAACCGGAGGGCUCAGCUCACUAACAUUAGCCUACAACUAAUCCGGAUUAGAAAACGCUACUGCUAAUAAAACGGAACGGAGCGAGAUGGGACACUUUACACUUUUUGUGCGUGCAUCCUGACCAAAACAGGAAGUAAAUAAAGAGCUCGCGAUUGCCCGAAUAGUCGCUAGGUAACGUCUUCUAGGACAGUCUCGUCGAGGGGAAACGUGCGCGCGAUCUGAAACCGGACGUUUCUCGCUUUGUGAUUAACACUGACUUAAAGCCAAGUGAUGAACUGACUCCUGUAGCGGUUCAACGAGCCUAACUGAACUCAAAUGAACACUGAAUAAAGUGUGUUUAUUUCCUCACUGAAUUUGAAUGCGCGUGCGCUCGCGUGCACAAGGAUGCUACAGCAGAGGACCCCUGCGCUCUAAACGACUUCAGGAAUACGCUGUCCUCCUGCUUCUUCUGACACCUGUGAAGAUUAUUUACGCCUCUCGCCCGACGUGAUGGUGACAUUCAGCUGUGCUUUUGCUAUUGGUGGAGAGAAUGACCUUGUCUAGAGACUACAGUUCCAGCUCUAUGGCCACCAUUUCAGCAUCAGCCCAACACAUGCAUAAACACUAACUGCAAUCAUGGAAGACAGUGAGCUCUUCUUGGACCCUGAUGAGAAGGGUCCCACCGUCUCCUUCUCCAAAAAGAAACCACAUGGCAGAGGGAGCAACCAGCCAGCUCUCCACUAUUCUGCUUUCCACUUUCCACUCUCUUCUUCCACCCCCAGUGCCCUUGGUGAGCUCUCAACCAUGACCCUUGGAAGCACCGCACCUCCCUCCUCCAUGAGCUGCAUCAUCAAAUCCUCUUCAGCUUCCUCCAAUAAAGAGUCUAAAGAGUCUUCCUUGCUAAGGCUCAAUCCCAUGCUCAGCCUUGUUGAGUCUCUCUCCAUGGAGAUCUCACAAAGAGAAUCUGAAUUCUGCCUCUCCAACUCUGACUCCAAGCUCCAUAUGCAUCCUUGGAAACAACUGGGCCAGACGCCCAAGAUCCAGGAUGCAGAACCCUUGCCCAGGACGGUGCCAUCUUCUCCCACAGAGUCCCGUCCAAACCUGAUAAGCUCUGGAAGCUUGCUGAUGGCAGAACUGGAGGACACGCGCCGUAAAUUGUCUGAGGCCAUGCAGGAGCCAUUUAGUAAGCUCAGCAAGAUUAUUGGGGAGGACAGUGGCAGCCCUAAGUCACCGAAAGGUGACUCACCUGCCUCCCAAAGUGGUGCUGCAGGAGAUAUAUCAAUUCGGAGUGAGGUUGGAGCUGGAGGAUGGGACAAAGAAAAUGGGAGUCAAACUGAAGUGUGUGAAACCCCACUACGGAAGCUCAGAAAAGACCUGACACCAAGCUUUACUUCUGAGAUGUGCUGCAAGCUAGGCAGCGAGAGCAGUCGCUAUGAGAUCUGCACUUACGGUGAUGUCAUGCAAGUGCUGGAAAUUCAGGAGCAUUCAGAGGUCAAAAACCCGGAGCAGAAGGGUGUCAAAGCACCAUCUGCCAUAUAUACCACCUCCUCAGACCCAGGCAGAUGGCUGGUAUGUGUGGGUUUGCUGGCUUACAGCUUCUUUGUGCUACCACUGUCUUCCUAUGUGACAGGACUGUCCCUAGGACUGGCGUGUGGAUUCAUGCUGGGUCUGACAGUGGUAAUGAUGCUAGCACCACAGCGACCUGCUGCCACUGAGAUGCCAGUCUCUUCCCCCACUGACAACCUGCCGAUGGAGGCCAUAGGCACAGCGCUGAGAGAGACAGCAAAGAGAGAGCUUCAGGGCUGGAUGAAUGAGAUGUACAGCUAUGACCCAGAGACAUAUCACCUCUCUCUGUGCCACUCUGUCUAUGUCACUUUGGAUGGAUGUAAUCUACGCCUGGCAUACCCACGCAUCAACAUCCCACGGCAAGCCACCUUCACUGAGCCUACCCAUGAUGCUACAUUUGUGCGCUCACGAUGUUUCCAGCUAUCCAAUAGCAAGGUGUCUCUGCUGCCAGCAAUCUUGGCGAAAAAAAGAGUCUGGAAUAGGAAAUAUCCCAUCUGCAUUAUGCUGGCUGAAGAAGAGCAGUGUGUAGAAGAAGAGCAUGUCAGUGAGGCAGCAGAGGCAAAGAGUGAGAGAGAAGAAAAACUCAAACAGGUGGAGAUGGAAGCAGACCAGACCACCACUCUGUACCUGUUUGGGCGUACAGGGAGAGAGAAAGAGGAGUGGUACCAGCACUUCCUUUUAGCUUCAAAAACCAAGAUCUGCAGGAAAGAGUCAAAACCAGAGGUGUGUAGUGCUGGAGACUCCAGUCAGGGCAGCAGUGAUGACCUAGCCUUGAUGCUGGGUCUAAGGGAGCUGGCUGGCUCAGUGAGAGAGAAGAUUCUGCUGGACUACAACUCCUAUAUGGCCCACUUCAUCACGCCAGAGAGCUGUAGCCUCACGCCCAGCCCCUGUCAUAGUGAGCCAGGCAGCCCUAUUGACACAAAGAGGUUCUCCAGUGAUCCAGUAGCAGGGUGCAGAGAUCUGGCCUGGAUUAAUGCCGUGAUUGGGAGGAUCUUCUGGGAUUUCUUGCAGGAGAAGUACUGGGCUGACCAGGUGGCCCACAAGAUCCAGAAAAAGCUGAGCAAGAUUAGGUUGCCAUACUUCAUGAAUGAGUUGACUCUAGCUGAACUGGACUUGGGCACAUGCAUGCCACAAGUGUUGAGUACCUCCAGACCUUCAGUGGAUCACAGAGGCCUGUGGCUGGAGCUGGAAGUGUUGUAUACUGGAUCUCUGCACAUGACUCUGGAGACUAAGAUGAAUCUGUGCAAGCUCGGCCGAGAGAGCUGCUCUGAGGCUUACAGCAUCACUGAGCCCAGCAGAAUUGUGGGCACAAGGCCCAGGGUGUGUAUUAUUGCAGACAGUGAUGAAGAGUCAUCCAGCGCAGGCUCAUCUGAUGAAGAGGAGGUGAUUCCCUCGGAGCCCCAAGGCCCUCUGGCAGAUAAGAAUAUACACUCUGGGACUGAGGGGCAUGGUGGAAGCAGCACAAGUAGGAAAAUUCUGCGUUUUGUGGACAAGAUUGCUAAAUCAAAGUAUUUCCAGAAAGCCACAGAAAAUGAGUACAUCAAAAAGAAAAUCACAGAAGUAUCCAACACUCCCCUGCUGCUUAGCGUAGAAGUGCUGGAACUCUCAGGAACUCUAGCUGUCAACAUCCCACCACCCCCUACUGACCGAAUAUGGUACAGUUUCCGUGUUCCGCCAAGGCUAGAUCUGCGAGUGAAGCCCAUGCUGGGUGAAAGAGAGGUCACAUUCACUCAUGUCACUGAGUGGAUAGAGAGGAAACUGCAGUGUGAAUUUCAGAAAAUUUUUGUAAUGCCCAACAUGGAUGACCUGUACCUGCCUCUUAUGUCUUCUGGGAUGGACAAUAUUGACAUGUCCCAGAAUUUCUCAGGGGAAAGCCAGGAUCAACAGGAGUGCCGGAGCUCAGAAUGAGACAUGGACGCAAAGGACAUAGAAGUGAAAAUGUGCUAGAUGUAACAUGUGUGUGCCAUAUUUACAAUAUUCCAGGCACAUACCAGGAGGAAUUGCUGAAGCUGUGCUUGAACUACAAACAGUUCUGAUGGAAAAUGGCUGAUUGUGUGUGGGAAAAUAUGAGCCAUGUUGCAAACAGAGGCCCCUGAAUUUCUACGGAAAACAUAUACUAAUCAAAUGUAUAAGAUACUGCUGAAUGCAGAGUCCUGAGCUUUCCGAAAAUAGCAUUUGACCAUAAAUUGACAGUGUAAUAAUGUAGACACCAGAGCUGGGAAUAAAAGAAAGAAUAUUACUGUCUGUGUCACAUAGCUAACAUCCUGUCAUAUUUGUUUCCUUUUUGACAGAUUACCAUAGCAUUGAUUCUGUAUUUUUUCCCUAAAAUAUACAGUAUCUCACAUAAGUGAGUA